AGAUAACUUUACUUUGCCCUUGCCGAGACGUCCCCCUCGCCAGGGCUGCCCCUUCGGGGGAGAGCAGCAUGGCGGCUUUGCCCCGGUGCCCUCGCCUCACGGGGGGUCCCAGCCAAUGUGCGCGCGGAACGGCCCCCGGCCGGCCCCCUCCGGCUAUCGCGAGACCCAGGGGGGAGCUAUAAAUAGUUGAAAAGGGGGUAAGGGUCCGUCCAUUUGGAACGCGGGUGCUUUAGGUUGGGGGGGCGCAGCUGGGUGGGGAGGUGCCUGUGGACAGCUCCUCCAUUAGCAAAAAAAGAAAACAAAUAAUAAAAGGAAGAAAAGAGGAGGGGGCGAUUGGUGUGUCGCUCUGACUUGCCUCCAUCAUGUCUGACCAAGCUCUCAGUUUCCUUAAGGACUUCUUGGCUGGUGGGAUUGCUGCUGCCAUUUCCAAAACUGCCGUAGCACCUAUUGAAAGAGUGAAACUGCUGCUACAGGUAAGGAGGUUGGGUUUCUAAAGUGGUGUGCUUGCGCCUGCACAAAAUAAGCUGCCCAAAAAGUCAACCCGCACCUGUUCCUGGAAAGGUUGCAUCGUUCUGUGGACCUAAAAGUAAAUGGCAGGGACAUUCUUUCCAGAUUGACAAGGACAACAAGUUGUUCUUUUGGCUUAGAAAUUCAUAUGUCCUUUGUUAGAAGUGGUGAUGGUUUGGUGAUGGCGAUGCCUUAAGUUUGCUGCCCUCAAGAGCUGUUGCUCGGCUGUAUCUCUAAGGAAAGGAUCUUCCUGUGACUCAGGAGUGGAGCAGGAAUUCUACUGUCAGAUGGGCUAGAGCUUGAAGUGACUAAAUAUGGAAACUCCAGUUGUGCAGUUCUGAUUACACAAGACCAGCGCAGCUCUUUUUUCCUUGGCUCUGUUUAUAGCACAGAUCUGCAAGUGUGCUGAGUAUUGGGGAAAAUGCCUUGAAAUCUUGGAUGUUUUAUUCUUUUCUUUUCAGUGUGUGCUUGCACGUAUAUGGCAGAUGGCCAUUAAGUCCAAUAACUUGUAAAAAAAAUACACUAAAACCUAUUGUGAAAGGAACGGUGUUUUGUACCAUAUAUGUAUCAGGGAAGCUUCCUUCAUUUGAACUAAACUGGGGGGGGGGGGGGAGUGCUAUUUGCUACUAGGAUCAGUGGCCUGAUAGCUAACUGGAGGUCAACUGAAGGACAUGAGUUCUUGGGAGGGCCAUAUAAAUGGAAGAAUGACGUCUUGCAUAUGUAGCCUGUCUCCCUUUAAUACUGCAUAUGCUACCGAAUCACCAUGGUUUUUAAAAAAGAAAGUGUGUGUAUAAUAGAGAAAAUCAAGCUAGUCCAUAGCCUAUCAAGAACUUCAUAUGUGAGGGGGGGAUUAAUUGUUUGAUUGGAAGGAGGAGCAACUACAGUUCUUCCACUUUCCAUUUCUAAUGGUCAAGUAAGUUAUUAUAGUUACACAUUAUGUGCAGCUGUUAUGCCCUGGUGUUGUAGCAAGUGAUGCGAAUCUCAAGCGGAUGGCCAACUUUGGCACCAAACAGUAAUCAAAGAUAAAGCUGCAGGUGCAAAGAUAGGAAUGGCUAUUUUUUCCAAUUGAGAAGUUGUGUAUAAUGUGCCACAAUGAUUUUCCUUCCUUCCUUCUUUCCUUCCUUCCCACCUCCCUCUCUCCAUCUCUCUUUCUUCCCAUCCCUUUUCUUCCUUUAACAGGUCCAGCAUGCCAGCCAACAGAUCACAGCUGAUAAGCAGUACAAGGGGAUCAUGGACUGUGUAAUACGGAUCCCCAAGGAGCAGGGCAUCAUUUCCUUCUGGAGAGGCAACUUGGCCAAUGUCAUCCGGUACUUCCCCACCCAGGCCCUCAACUUUGCCUUCAAGGACAAGUACAAGCAGAUCUUCCUUGGGGGUGUGGACAGGCACAAGCAGUUCUGGCGUUACUUUGCUGGCAACUUGGCCUCUGGGGGUGCUGCAGGAGCAACUUCUCUCUGCUUCGUUUACCCGCUGGAUUUUGCCAGGACCAGGCUAGCUGCUGAUGUGGGCAAAGGGGCGAGUGAAAGGCAGUUCACUGGGCUGGGCAACUGUAUUGCCAAAAUCUACAAAUCUGAUGGCCUGAAGGGUCUCUACUUGGGAUUCAAUGUUUCAGUCCAGGGCAUCAUCAUCUACAGAGCAGCGUAUUUUGGCGUCUAUGAUACAGCUAAGGGUAAGAAAGGGAAGCCACUUGAGUAGCAAAACACAUUCUAGAUUCUGUGAGUUAGAGUUUUCCCUGAAUGUAGAAUAUGAAAUAUUUAAACAUGCUCCCAAAAUAGGGUUCUUCUUGAUUCAUUAGGUUGGUAAGUAUUUCUAGUUAAGACAGGUCUGGAGUGUGCUUCAUCUUUCUCCCUUUUCUUGGAAAGAAAGAAAACAGAACAGUUCUUAAAUGUCCACUUCCUUAUCCAAGUAUUUUCAAAGAUUUAUAAUGGGUAUAAUUUGUAUGAUAUGUAGUUAUGAGUUAACUUCACAGGGCCAUGCACUGAUUAGUAAGGUUCUUUUAAUUGCCAGCAUAGGGAAUCAGCCCUUCCCAUGCCCCAUUACUCAGAUACCCUAAGCUACCCUUGUUGUGACUCUCAUCAUACAAGCUUCUUAGUCUCCUUCAACCAAUCAUCUCUUAAUAUUUGCCCAACUGGCCAAGAGGUCGGUACAUAUGGAUAUUCUGGACAUGAAGCUAAAUAUUCCCACCUAGUAAAAAAAUACAUUUUUUUAGUUCCCCACUCAGUUGUUGAGCUCUGGCAGUAGAAGCAAUUCCCAAAAAGUGUCAUUGUAGUGUAAUAGUUUGAGUGCUGGAAUUGAACUGUGAAUAUGUGGGCUUAAAUUCCUGGAGUAUACAGAGUGAGCCUUUGGGAGUGGCUCAAUUUCAUGGGGCUGUUAGGAUAAAGUGAGACAGCCCCAUGUUUGCCACCUGAGCUUGUUGGAGGAAGGCUAGGAUGCUAACUGAGUGGACUACUCAGCGUCUACGUAUAUCUGAGGGUGGCUUAACUGUUUGGUUGACAACCCCAAACUUUCCUGUAACUAAGCAUUGUAUGAAUGCACUUGCUAUCUGGUAAAGCUAUACAUUCUAGGCACUGAAAAGACAACAGCAUCUGUGUAUAUGUAUGUCUUCCCAAAGUAGGGUACAAAAUGACUUGCCUUGGAAUUCUGCUGCAGCUGCUGAUGUCUAGAAUAAUAGAAUCUUAGAGUUGGAAGGGACCCAAGGGUCAUCUAGUCCAACCCCCUGCAAUGUAGGAAUCUCUAUCAUGUGACUUGGAUUGACUGGGUGUAAAACAAAACUUAACUGGCAUGAUUGGUCUUGCUUGAGGUAGAAUUGAUAAAGUGGUACUGAUAACACCCUCUUCCCACCCCUCUCUCUUCCUCUUCCUUCUCCUGUCUUUGGGUAAUCUACUCCCAAUGGUAGGUAUGCUGCCUGAUCCAAAGAAUGUACACAUCAUAGUAAGCUGGAUGAUAGCACAGACCGUUACUGCAGUAGCUGGGCUGGUGUCUUACCCCUUUGACACUGUCCGACGUAGGAUGAUGAUGCAGUCUGGCAGGAAAGGAGGUAAGAAAAUAACCCUACAUUUUUGUAAUGUUGCCAAAAAAAAUUCCUCCAUUUUAAAUUCUCAAGGGAAGGUAGAAGCCUUAAAAGCCAAGUACUUUUUCUUCUUAAGAAGUUAGAUUGAAACAGAGACACAGGUGCAAUUGACCGUAAUAAUUAUUAUUAUUGACGCAGUUUCUUUGAGCAAUGCCAUUUGAUUUUAUAUUACAGCUUUUCUGUUUGGUGUAUGUUUACAUUUUGUAGUAAAGUGCAUUAAUAGUACAGUGCUAUUUCUGUUCUGCAGUCUUUGGGCAAGUUAUAUUUAUCUACAUUUGUCCUGUUUUAUAGUACUGAGUUUUAGUAUGCGUGUAUACAAAUCAAAGGGAGGAAGGUUCUUUCACUCCCAGAAUGUGGGGACAAAUUUGAAUGUGGUUUCUUUGUGGUGCUGCUGGUGAAAUUAUAGUUUCAUUGUCCUCCUUCUGAAGCGAGUAAAGAGCAGAGAACUGCAUUCCAGGUCUUGGGAGGGGAAUUAAGGCAGUAUUGUGAUGGUCUUUUUCUCCAGGUAAUGUAACUAUGUUUUACCUGUCCAUGUUUGUCUUCCACAGCUGAUAUCAUGUACAAAGGCACAAUCGACUGCUGGAAGAAGAUAGCUAAAGAUGAAGGGGGCAAGGCUUUCUUCAAAGGCGCCUGGUCCAAUGUGUUGAGAGGCAUGGGUGGUGCUUUUGUAUUGGUCUUGUAUGAUGAGAUCAAGAAAUACGUCUAAGACACAAAUGGCUUGAUUCAAAUGAAAGUUCUCUUUUGUAAGGUACCUACAUGUGAUUUAACGGGCAACAAAAUAUUUCCUAGGGAAAUAGAGAUGGCUUUCGUGGGUUAAAUCCAAUUCAGAGACCAGGUUGCAGCAUUGUAAGAUAGAUCAAUGGUUUGUUCAUUAGAUUACAGCCAAACUCUUUUGUAUGGAAAAACUAAAGAGGCACCUGUAUAUAUAAAUAUAUUUGACAAAGAUCCAUUAAUAUAUUCCUAUAUUUAAGUGCGUUUCCUGAAGGCGGCAAGUUACACAGUAUUCAGAUAACUAGAAAUGUGAAUUCAAUAAAUACUAUUUAAAUCAAAGCUCUGCCAAUUUUCUUUUUUUGCAUGGCUCAUACUUAAUAAAGGUAGCUUCAAAGACUGUGGAAAACAUGGGCAUGUUAUCUUGCAUUUGUGCCACCCAAAAAACUACAACCAUGUGAAUGGUUCUGACCUGUGUAUGUCAAACACUGCCAAAAAUAUGUCAUGGGAAGUACAGUCAUACAGGGUUGAAGCCCAAGUGCUUUAAGCAAACAAACUAUAGAAAGUGAAGCAUAAUUUCAAUGGAUUUCUGUGUGUAAUUUAUCUGGAUUAAAAUUAGGCAAUCACUUUUUGCGGUUUAAAAUUGUGUAACAUGAAUUAUGCAAGUUUUAUCUCUUGUACUUAAUCAUUGGUAUAAUUGCUGCAGAAGAUAGCAUAUAUCCAUUUUUUUAAAAAAAAGAUUUUAGUUUUAGCUUCUGUCCUCCCUUCGCACUUACUGGAAGUUUGUGGGUGAAGAUUAAGUGUGGACAGAUGUUGUCGUACCUGUAUAGCUAGAACAGACCUGUUCUCACAAGAAAACCAGACAGGCUCAAAUGAGGGCAGGCAGGAAUAUGAGAAUCCCAGUAGGUACUUUUUAUGAAGCUGGAAAAUAACCAACAAUUCUGAGAAGAAGGUAUAGGGAGAAGAACAAGAUAGUUCUGCAUGUAAGAACAAGAUAGACAUCAAAUAAAUAAAAAUAUUUUUGAAACAACUUUCAACUACUUUAAGGGGAAAGUUCAUGGAAACCGUAAUAGGCAGCUGUAGAUUUAUCUGAAAUUUAAUAUAUGAAGAACAAGAAAAUGGGGGAAGUGAGGAAGAAAACUUUUUUAAGAAAAGCAACCUGAUCUUAAAUGCCCUGAUCAAAUAAUUACUGGAAAGCAAAGGAAAAUAACUUUCUUUAAAAAAGAGACUUGCAGGAUAAUUCUAUACAUGCCUUGACUGAAGUAAGUCCCACUGAAUUUAGUGGAUUCAUUCAACAGUUACUAGCUAUAGCAGUGUUUUUCAACCACUGUUCCGCGGCACACUAGUGUGCCGCGAGAUGUUGCCUGGUGUGCCGUGGGAAAAAUUCGAAAGAUUUUUUUAAAAAAAAGUCAAAUUUUUGCCCACUAGGCGGGCGCCGGACUGUGUCCACCCUAUUUUCCAUCCGUCCUGGGUGGGGAUCAGAUCGGAUGGGAUCAGAUGAGAGCGGACAGGCGGUCCACUCUCAUCCGAUUCCCCAUAGAGAGCAGCGGGGCUCUGACAUCUCCCUCUCCGCACACAGUGCGGAGACGGAGCUGUCAUCCGCCGGCUCAGCGGGGAUCAGCAGAUCGAUCCCCGCUGAGCAGAGAACUGUCCGCAACGUUUUUGUUUGCCAUUAAAGAAAAAAAUAUUAAACCAUGCUUGAAUGUCGGAACUGGUUACUAAAAUUUUUGAAUCCC